AUGGGUGAGGCGGUGCUGAGUAGUGAGGACAUGGAAGCGAAACUGAAAGCAGAGGGUGAAGCGAAGAAAGACAGGGUAGAGACAGAGAAGAAGGAUGGGGGUGAGUGUGAUUCUUCAGUUGGGACAAUGAGGUGGGAUAAGCUGUUGCCUACCAUGAACAUGAGGGUCUUGUUGGUCGAAGCUGAUGACUCUACCAGGCAUAUUAUAGCUGCGCUUCUUAGGAAAUGUAGCUACAGAGUUGCUGCUGUACCUGACGGCUUAAAAGCGUGGGAGAUACUGAAGGCACGACCGCAUAACAUAGACCUCAUACUGACAGAAAUAGAUCUGCCGUCAAUAUCUGGAUUCGCUUUGCUUUCGCUUAUCAUGGACCAUGAGAUCUGCAAAAACAUUCCUGUUAUAAUGAUGUCCUCUCAAGAUGCAAUUAGCACAGUUUACAAAUGCAUGAUGCGAGGUGUUUCUGAUUAUCUCGUUAAGCCGAUUAGGAAGAAUGAGCUGACAAAUCUAUGGCAGCAUGUUUGGAGGAGGCAAUCUUUAACCAGAAAUUGCCCCCAGGAUGAGAGCGUUGGACAACAAAAAAAUGAAGCCACUUCUGAAAACGAUGCGGCAAGCAAUCAUUCGAGUGGCUGUGGGGCUUCUGUUCAAAGAAACAAGGAGAACAUGGAGAAAGGGACUGAUUCUCAGAGCUCUUGCACGAAGCCGGACUUUGAAACUGAGAGUGCCCCGGUAGAUAUGCAGGAAUUUUCACAGCAAAUACAGGGCCAAAAUUUUCUGGGUGACUUGAGAAUGCAAAAAGAUGAAGCAAACAUCAAUUUUGGCGAGAAAUUUGUUAUGCACAAAAAUGCAGCUAGAGGGCCAACUGUUGAUGUCUAUGAGGACAUGGACACAGCAAUUUCACUAGGCGAGGGUGUCAGUCCAGAAAGUCAUAGGAGGGAUGCUAAUAUGGCUAGUGAAGCUUGUGACAAUAACGAUCUCCUUGUCAACUCUUCUAAAGAUGCCACAGACUUUUUUGGAGUAUUUAAUAAUUAUCCAAACAGAAACCAGAGAAAUUCUGCGUCAAGUAAUAGACCUAGAACUUUUGAUUCUGCUCCACACUUGGAUCUCUCCUUGAGAAGAUCCGACUCCAGUGGCUUUGAGAAUCAAACUACUGAGAAAAGGCAUACUCUUGGCCAUUCUAAUGCCUCAGCCUUUUCAAGAUACAUCAACAGGCCAAUGCAGCCCCAGAGUACAACAUUGGCUGGUGUUUGUGAUGAACAAAAGGCACAUGAAACUAAAUUUGAAAAGCAAGCAUCCAAUACAAAUGCUGAAUGCGAUACUCCUGGUACAGCUUCAAGUAUUCCCAGGAGUAUUAUCACUCUAGCUACAGGACAAUCUAACCAAUCUGAAAUUGGAACAUCAUGCCAUGAGCAGAGACUAUUUCCUCUUCCAGUUCCUGUGAAAGGUAUAAGGUUUAAUAAUCUAGGCAAUGGGUAUGGUACUGCACUGCCUCCAAUGUUUUGUACACAAUCAAGUCCAUCACCAAUGCCAAGUUCAGCUGCCCAGCAGGAAUCCUCGUUCCUAAUGAAUACAUUUUAUCCGGCAAAUCUUCAAAAAGAUAAAUCUGAGCAAGUAUACGGCACAUUGUAUCAACAUGCCAAAGCUCCCUUGGACCAAACUUUGCACAAUCAGGAUCAAAGAUUUGAUGAGGACCGAGGGCAUGUUUCUUCAACAACAGAUCAGAGUGCAAGCAGUAGUUUCUGUAAUGGUACUGCAGGUCAUCUUAAUACCGUGGGUUAUGGAAGUGCUUGUGGAAGUAAUAGCAAUCUUGAUCAGGGAGCUAUAUUUAGGACUGCCCCAGAGAGCAAGAAUGAAGACACUUUCUUUACUCACAGUGGAAAUUCUCAUCGGUCCAUCCAAAGAGAAGCAGCUCUAAACAAGUUCCGCUUGAAGCGGAAAGAUAGAUGCUAUGACAAGAAGGUUCGUUACGAGAGCAGAAAGAAACUUGCAGAGCAGCGUCCCAGAAUAAAAGGGCAGUUUGUUCGUCAAGUGAAUACUGAUCCCUCUCCUGCAGAAGCUGAUGUCAAUGCAUAUGAUAGUUAA